ACCCUGUCCUUUGUGUCACACAGAUUGAUGAGAUGCCAGAAGCUGCAGUCAAAUCCUCCUCCAAUAAGUACCAAGUCUUCUUCUUCGGGACCCAUGAAACGGCAUUCCUGGGGCCCAAAGAUCUCUUCCCCUACGAGGAAUGCAAGGAGAAGUUUGGAAAACCCAACAAGCGGAAAGGGUUCAGCGAAGGUUUGUGGGAGAUCGAGAACAACCCCACGGUCAAAGCCUCCGGUUACCAGCCCACCCAGAAGAAGAGCUGCCCCGAGGCGGCCGAGCGGGAGCCGGAGGGGGAUGGGGAGAAGAAGGGCAAUGCGGAGGGCAGCAGCGAUGAGGAGGGGAAGCUGGUGAUUGACGAGCAGUCCAAGGAGAAGAACGAGAAAGCUGGGAUCAAGAGGAAAGCAGAGGAUGCUUUGGAGGACUCCCCCAAACGCCCCAAGGAUGCAGAGGGGCAGGAAGGGGACAAGAAGAUGGAUAAUGAAGAGCCCCCCAAGGAGGAGCCCAAAUCCAACCCGGGUGAAGGGGAGAAGAACAGCGACGCCGCCGACGCACCAGACACCAACGAAGCCAAGCAGGAGGGCAAGGAGGAGAUCAGAGACCACAAGGAGAGCCUGUAGUGGCUUCCCUGGAGAGCUGAUCCUUCCCUGCCGGCUCCCGGCUCCGCGUCGCCCGCGCCGGCUCGUCGUGUCCGGGAGCUCUGGACGAGAGAAACCACCCCAAAAUGAAAUUUCAAAAGGAAAAAAAAAAAAAAGA